ACAUGGCGGCGCGCUAGAGCCGGACGAAGCGGGAGGGGAGAGAAACGGGGACUGAUUCCGGCGUUAUGGCGCUGUACGCGGAGGCGGCGGCCGUGCUGGCGGGCGUGGAGAGCCGCCAGGGCUCCAUCAAGAGCCUGGUGUACGCCAGCCGCUUCCAGAGGGUGAAGCAGCUGUACGCGCUGGUGUGCGAGACGCAGCGCUACGCCGCCGUGCUGGACGCCGUGAUAGAGCGCGCCGGCCUCCUGCGUGCAGAGAAGAAGCUGCGGCCGCACCUGGCCCAGGUGCUCGUGUACGAGUUGCUGCUGGGACGAGGCUUUCGAGGGGCCGGUGGGGGCAGAUGGAAGCAGGUGCUGUCCCGGCACCAGGCGCGGCUCAAGGCGGAGUUGGCCCGCCUCAAGGUUCAGCGAGGUGUCAGUCGGAACGAGGACCUGCUGGACGCGGGGUCCAAGCCCGGUGGAGCCGCCCAGGUGCCCCGGUUUGUGCGUGUGAACACACUCAAGACCUGCUGUGAGGAUGCAGUCGAUUAUUUCAAGAGACAAGGCUUCACCUAUCAAGGUCGGGCCUCCUGCCUCGAGGACCUGCGCACACUCCAAGGAAAACGCUUUCUUCUGGACCCCCUUCUACCAGAGCUGCUAGUGUUUCCUGCCCACACGGAUCUGCAUGAUCACCCACUGUACCAGGCUGGACACCUCAUCCUACAGGACAAAGCUAGCUGUCUCCCAGCCAUGCUGCUGGCUCCGCCACCUGGUGCCCAGGUCAUCGACGCGUGUGCUGCCCCCGGGAAUAAGACCAGUCACUUGGCUGCCCUCAUGAAGAACCAAGGGAGGAUCUUUGCCUUUGACCUGGAUGCCAAGAGGCUAGCAUCGAUGGCGACACUGCUUGCCCGAGCCGGAGUGUCCUGCUGUGAGCUGGCCGAGAGGGACUUCCUGGCUGUCUCUGCUGCAGAUCCGCGCUACCAGCAGGUCCAGUACAUUCUGUUGGAUCCCUCCUGCAGUGGCUCUGGAAUGCCCAGCAGACAGCUGGAGGAGCCUGGGGCAGGGGCCCCGAGCAAGGAGCGCUUACAGGCCCUGGCCGGUUUCCAGCUUCGUGCUCUGGACCAUGCACUCACUUUCCCCUCACUGCGGCGCCUUAUCUACUCCACCUGUUCUCUCUGCCAAGAGGAGAAUGAGGAUGUGGUCCAAGAAGCCCUGCAACGUUGUGGUGGGGCCUUCAGGCUAGCUCCGGCCAUGCCCACCUGGCCUCACCGAGGCCUUAGCAUCUUUCCAGGUGCUGAACACUGCCUCAGGGCCUCCCCUGACACCACGCUCACGGGUGGCUUCUUUGUGGCUAUAUUUGAACGUGUGGAGGUACCAAGCUUAGUGUCCCCAGAACAGGUGGAGUCUUCAGAACCCAGCCCUGCUACCAAGAGGAAGAAGAGGCGAAGGGUGGCAGCUGCUCCUGAAGUCCUGCCUGCAGAUUCCUAACCCAGUGUCCCCCAACCCCACUACCCUUUCUGGGUUAACAAUAAAGAGGCAGAACAUGGUUUCUGA